AUGGAGAUCGAAUCUGAAGUCACGCCUGCUACGGUACAGGAGAAUACCAGUCAAGAGAAAGCAAAAGAAAAACCAGCAGAGAAAUACCGGGAAACAGUGCAAGAAAUUUUGAAAACUCUCAAAGGAAAACUAUUGCUAAGAAGAAAACUACUAAAAAUAAGCCAAAGAAAGAGAAGAAGGAAAAGAAGGAGAAGAAAGAGAAAAAGCAUAAAAACAAAGAUGAGGAAAAGCCAAAAGAAGACGAUAAGAAAGAAUCUUCUAAGCCUUCAAAGUCUGAUGAAGAGGAGAAGAAAGAGGAUACUAUCACUCCCGCACCUCCUGCAGAUUCUGGUGGUUCUUUUCCUCCAACUGCGCCUAAAUCUGGUCUGAAAAAGGAAAAAGUCCAAGCCAAAAGUUCCCAAAAAGCCUAAGAAAUCCAAAGAAGAAAAGAUCCGAGAGAAGGAAUUACGCAGAAAGGAGAAGCAGGAACUAAGGGAGAAAAAACGUGAAGAGCGUCGCAAGAAAAAGGAAGAAGAAAAACUUCGAAAACGAGAGUUAAAGGCACUAAAGAAAUUAGAAGAGAAAAAGGAGAGAAGAAGCUACAGCAGGGGCGACAAUGGAACUAAUGGGGAUAAACAUAAGCAUGAUGGGGAAUCUGGAGAUGAUUCACAUGAUGAAAAUGGAAAGAAGAGAUCCAAGAGAAGGUCUAAGAAUGAUCUCGAUGGGAGGGAUUAUAAAUGAACCUUCUGCCCUAAGACUUACCUUUCAUACCCUGCCCUCUACACACACAUGAAAACAAAGCAUCAGUCAGGUACUGAUAAUAAUCAGCUUCUACUAAACUCAGGUAGAGGUAGAGGAAGACCUAAAAAGAAUGCUGGAAGAGUUACCACAAUUGCUCCAGAGAGUGAUGAUUACUUCAAAACUCUUGAUAAGGGUGGUGGACCUACUGACCCACUCUACUUCUUCAAUGAAAUAGUUCAGAAGUUCUUCAUAAACAAAAACUCCAAUAUUAAAAAGGAGAUUGAGGUAAAACAGGAGUCCCCUGCUGCUCCUGAAGAGAAGAAAGCAGCCAAUUCAGCUCAAAACUCUGAUGUAAAGGAGGAAGUUACAGCAAAUGAUAAAAAUUCAAAGUCUCAGGAAAACACAGAAGAACAGCAAAAGAUACUAAAUGACCAUAAUCAUCUUUCCAAAGAAGGUGAGCACUCUGAUGUGAAGGAAGAAGUUGAGGAGUCAAAAUCUGAGAGUCAGGCUAAGAGCCAGAAUAAAGACCUCUAUGACUCUAGCAAGAACUCUAAUUUCAAGGCAGAUUUCAAGCAAUUUAGCUUUAAAUCUUAUACUGAUGUGAAAGAUCACCCAUUCUACGAAAUUCUCUCCAAAAAGUCUUUAUUUUCUAACAAAGAGGGAGAGGUUCCAAAGGAAGUUAAAGAAGAACAAGCCGAAGAGAGGCCUGAAAAUGAUGCUUCAAAGGAUAUCGAGAUGGAUGAACAAGAAAAGCAAGCAAAGUCAGAACCCAAACCAAAGGAUGAGGCCAUCCAUGAUGCCAGCAUGGAAGAUAACAUUGAAGUGAAAUCAGAAAGGAGGGAAAAUACAACACCGAAUGAGGAUGAGGGAGAAAAGAUCAAAGAAGAACCUCAAAAUGAAGAAAAUUUAUUCAGAAAGAAAAGAUAUGACCAAGUCCUAGAAGAUUAUCAGAAACUCACUUUUAAUCAAAAGCAAGAGCUUAGUUGUGAUGAGGUUUGAGGGAUCUAUCUCAGGGAGAUUUCUCAGAAAGUAAAUGCCAAGUUUUAUAAGACAUUGUUGAAGUUUAUGAUCCUCUAUCGUGAAUGUUGCAAUGAAUAUGGAUGGCAGAAGAUCGUUGAAAGCAAUAAGUUAUUGGCCAAUGAAAAGAUUAAGGUGGAUAUACCUGUCUCUAGUAUUCCAUCAACUCAUAAAAAUGCCUUACAACAACAGCAAAUGAUUAUCAUAGCUGAUAUAGCUAAGAAAUCUAGAGAUGGAAAGGAGGACUUCUGCAAAGUCAACUCAGCAGAGUCAAUGCCUGAAGUUUGCAAUGAAUUUGUGACAAUCUUCCUCGAACAAAGAGAGGACUUCAUGGACAGAGGUGAUGCUAUCGACUUGACCCUGAAUUUCUGUAGCUGGCUCUACAAGAAAGGGCACACCUGCAUCAAGAAUACGAUCAAGAACUAUUCCUAAUUUCUAUAAUUUGGCUGCAAAAGGGGUUUUGG